UUCCUUCCACUUCUAUCCCACUCACUCCUUAAUCAUGAUCACGAUCAACGCCCUCCCCAACGAACUCCUCGGCGAGAUCCUCGGGCACGCCAUGCACAUCCCUGACGAGCUGUUCACCAGCAACGCCGCUCGCUCCCCCUUCGGCACCUACGCCCACCCCCACGCGGCGCGCCGGUACCUCCUCGUUAACAAGCGGUGGCGCGAUGCUGGCCUUCGCCCACUGUACCACGACAUCGUGCUUCGCUCGCGCGCGCAGGCGACAGCGCUUGCGAGUACGCUCAGGCAGGACCUCAAUCUGGCUCUCAUGGUCCACAAGCUGCGCGUCGAGGGUGGCUUCGGCGUGUCCAUGGCGGUGAUCAUGGCUGCGUGCACGAACAUCACGGAUUUGUGUUUGCUGGUCAACAUAGAUUCGCAUGACAGCUCGAGCGGGAUUUGCCUGGGGCUCAGGUACCUCAGUCCGACGAGGCUUGUUUUGCUGGACAUGCAAGUCAGUCGGCCGCUGAGCGAGAACGGGGCGGGACUGCUCGUGGCACUUCAGAGAGCUCUGCCACAGUGGGGCGAUCUGACGACCGUGAUGUGCGCUGUUCCGUAUGGCAUGGAUGGGCGGAUGCUUGCGCAUCUCCUCCAGCAUGCGCCCAAUCUGCGGACCGUCAUCCUCACGCGCGGCUGGCGCAAGGGUUUCAUGAAGCCGAUUUGCGAGCUAAGCACAGUGCAUGAGGUUGUCUUUCGGUCUAUCGUGCCCUGCAAGCCUCACUGGCUGGACGCCGAGAAAGCGGAGUGCACGCAGUCAGUACGUGACAAGCACCGGAUGGACCCUCCCGUUAACAGGCCUCCAUCGGCUCACGCUAUUGUCAAUGCAUCUACGCCCGAGCAGGAUUUCAAGUAUCUUGACCGUGCCCCACCGGGAGUUACUGUUCAAGAGUUCCGACGCGUCGUCGGCUACCAUUGGAGAACUGGGGAUCAGCUAGUCGCUGAACUUCGCAGCGAUCCCCGUGUUGUCGACUAUGUGCAGGAAAUCGUUCUCCACCCGCUCUGGAAUUGGGGUGGCACGCAGGUCCACGACCUCAGGCCCCUCCUGGAGGUCGUACACAACUUGAAGAGCAUCAGGCGUGGAUCACGGGUGCAGAGUCCCGCGUACGUGCCUUGGGAUGCGUACGAGCUCCUGAUCGAGCAAAACGGAUGUACAUUGGAGACUUUGGAGGGAAUCUGCCUCGAGAGUGCUCCGUCGGACCACCUAGUCCCCAUACCGUCGCUCUGGGAUCUCUCCUGCCUGCGCCACCUUUCAUGGGACUGCACGACGGUGUUCAACGACUUGCAGCAGUUGCCAGAGGACGCGCUUGCUAUGCUCGAGUCCAUUACAAUUGCUGCUUGCCAUCCUACGUUCGCGCGCAUCCUGAGCAAGACAUGCCUUUCAUCCCUCAAGAAGAUCUAUCUUCACGCUCCAGCACCAGGCAAUAGGCACAUCUGCUAUGAGUCGCAUGGCAUUCUUUUGCAUAGCCAUGGCUGGAAACUGGAUGAAGUCGAACUCGACGGUUUCUUCGAUCUCAACAUCCUCCGCGCCUCGCCGAACGUCCAGUGCUUGACGCUUCAUGGAGAAGAGCUUAUCUUGCGUGGUGAGCCCAAAGCACACGGAACACUCGCGAAGAUAUUUCUUCCAGACAUGGACUGCUCGCAAUGCAUCGAGUUCAUUCCGCGUCUGCAUCUCGACUCGUAUCCUGCGCUGCGCGAGAUACACUGGCGAGGAGACUGGCCCUGGACCGAACACGCAAUCGCGAGCAAUGGGCUCAUUCCGGUUGUAGACCACAUUCUCUCGCCGCGCGGCGUGAAGUUCUAUGAUAAGGAGGGAGUGGCUUGGGUGCCUCGAUUGAGGGUGGAUGACGCAUGAAUUUCACGACAAUAACGAAAGUAGAAACGUACCUUAGACCUUACAAUACUAGAAUCCAU